AUGCCGAAAAAAAGCAAAGUUAACAAAUUAGCUCGCAUGUCUGAUGAGGAGAGGGCGAGAUAUUUGCAGCAUAGAGCUGAUGUAGAAGAAGAGGGGAGAAGAAGAAAGCGAGAGUUGAUUUCGAGGUUUAUAAAAAACAAACUCGACAAGGAGGAAGCGUUCAGUAAGAUUAACACAGCGAAGAUCAAUCAGGAAUGGCGCUACAUUUUACGAAAAAUAAAAUGUCAUCAGUUGGAAGCGGAAGUUCAGGGCAUGAAAUCGAGCUUCAACUUUCUGAUGGAACGAAAGAACCGCCUGAUAGAGUCAUUGACGCGAGCUAUUGACGAUUCAAACGAACAGCACCGACGUGCGUUUCAGGCCCACACUGAAACCUUAAGUUAUUUUCUGAGGAUAGGUACUCAACGCUUAGACAAAUUACAAGCGACUUACGAACAACAAAAGAACACAUUCUUGGAAACUUGGGAUAAAGUAGAGAUGGAUAUAACUGAAGGACAGGUCAAGUCCGAAUUCAAACUAAUGCUGAUCACGUUUAUACAAGAGAGAGACUUUAAAGCUUACAAAAAUGAGAAAGAAAUUGAAAGAGCUACUGUGAAAAAUAACGCUCGUUUGGAGAAUGGCUGUCCCACUCACGAGUGUUGA